UUUCAUUUGACCCCUGAUCGACACCAAACUCGAGGAGACUGAGACUCUCACACUCGCCGCUUAUCGCGGUGCGUCGCUUCCGGCUCCUGAACCCCUUCGUUCCUUUUCCCCUUUUUCAUUUCGACCUGACUGGACGGGUGUGAAGGAAGGGAAACAGGAGUGGAGAUUCUUAUAGAAUGGGUGCAGUGCCGGUGCGAAGCUUCCUUUCACCAACGUGGGGAACAGCUUCGAUUCGUACCCACGCUGUCGCACCCUUCCCGCACCGUCGAGAACUGGCUUCAGUGCGGCUGCCAUCUCAGACUUUGUUCGAGACCGCCGACGAGCCUAGACAGGCAAUGUCGUCUCACCUCCGCGACUCAAGUGAAGCAUGGACUCAAAGUAUCUCCUCGUCGGACUUGUAUCACCACGAACAAUAUCGCUAUCAUCACCACAACACCACAAGUCGAGCCGAAGCAAGCACUCAGCCUGGCUGGCCCAGCAAAGGGAAUGAAGUCAAAGCGGAAGCGCCUCGUCGCUCUCCUCCAACACCUCUCAAGCUCCCCCAGUCUGCUGAACCGGCCGACGAGGCAAACCUGUCUCGACAGCUGGAUGAAGUCGUCGAUCUUCUCUCGCAGCAGCCUCGUUCGGAUGGAGGGCCGAGACGGCCGAUGAAUGCUUUUCUGGUAAGUGCACAAGUGCAAGCGUGAGCCCUUCGGAGCCUGAGGACUGAUUUCUGAUGGCGACGUUCUUCCCCAGAUCUUUGCUCGAUGGCGUCGGAUGCAGCUAGCACAGAUAGAGAGUGUCCACGAGGAAACGAUUUGGACAAAUGAAGGUAGGAAGAGAAGGAAGUCGGGUACACCCGAUCUUGGUCUCAAGCCAUCGGACGUGAGGUAUG